CCCGAGAGCUCAGUCCUGCAAACUGCUCAGCCCGGAGGCGGUGAGCGCUGCAGCCGCGCAGGGAGCCCUGAGCCCUGAGCCCGAGCCCAGCCCCGGAGGCCGUUUGCUUGCUGCCUGCAGCGCCAUGGACCUGCACCUCUUUGACUACUCGGAGCCAGGGAACUUCUCCGACAUGAGCUGGCCGUGCAACAGCAGUGACUGCAUUGUCGUCGACACGGUGCUGUGUCCCAACAUGCCCAACAAAGGGGUGCUGCUGUACACGCUGUCCUUCAUCUACAUCUUCAUCUUCGUGAUCGGCAUGAUCGCCAACUCUGUGGUGGUCUGGGUGAACAUCCAGGCCAAGACCACUGGCUACGACACACACUGCUACAUCCUCAACCUGGCCAUCGCCGACCUGUGGGUGGUGGUCACCAUCCCCGUCUGGGUGGUCAGCCUCGUGCAGCAUAACCAGUGGCCCAUGGGAGAGCUCACGUGCAAGGUCACCCACCUCAUCUUCUCCAUCAACCUGUUCGGCAGCAUCUUCUUCCUCACGUGCAUGAGCGUGGACCGCUACCUCUCCAUCACCUACUUCGCCAGCACCUCGAGCCGCAGGAAGAAGGUGGUCCGCCGUGUUGUCUGCGUGCUGGUGUGGCUCCUGGCUUUCUGCGUGUCCCUGCCAGACACCUACUACCUGAAGACUGUCACGUCGGCGUCUAACAACGAGACCUACUGCCGCUCCUUCUAUCCCGAGCACAGCGUCAAGGAGUGGCUCAUUAGCAUGGAGCUGGUCUCUGUGGUCUUGGGCUUCGCUAUCCCCUUCUGCAUCAUCGCCAUCUUCUACUGCCUGCUGGCCCGUGCCCUCGCCGCUUCCAGUGACCAGGAGAGGCAGACCAGCCGCAAGAUCAUCUUUUCCUACGUGGUGGUCUUCCUCGUGUGCUGGCUGCCCUACCACGUGGUGGUACUCCUGGACAUCUUCUCCAUCCUCCACUACAUCCCCUUCACCUGCCAGCUGGAGAACUUCCUCUUCACUGCUCUGCACGUCACACAAUGCCUGUCGCUGGUGCACUGCUGUGUCAAUCCUGUGCUGUACAGCUUUAUCAAUCGUAACUAUAGGUACGAGCUGAUGAAGGCUUUCAUCUUCAAGUACUCGGCCAAGACAGGCCUCACCAAGCUCAUCGAUGCCUCUAGGGUGUCAGAAACAGAGUACUCUGCCUUGGAGCAGAAUACUAAGUGACACGCUCUGUGGGGUCUCGGGGACAAGUGUGUUGCUUUCUCCACGGCACUGGCUUGCAUCGUUCCCAAGAGUAAAGCAAGGUGGCUUUGGGGCUUGAGGCUGGAGUCAUGAGAGGGGAGCGGGUGCCACUGAGCAUCCUUCCGCUUUUUCUCGGGCGGCCGCGGUGGCUGUCACGGCUCUGUGCGUGCGUCCUGCCGUGUGCAAGGCCCAUCACGUGUCCGAGUCUGCCGCAGGGCAGGCUAGCCUGCAUUUCUGUACAAUAAGACGUUCUGUGUUCCCUGGAGGUUUUAUAUGGUGAUUUGUAUUUAAAUCUUAAGACUUUAUUUUCUCAUUAUCGGUGUACCUUAUAAAUGUAUUUGAAAGUUUAAAUAUAUUUUAAAUAUUGUACGGGAGCUAUAACGCAGACAUGUAUCCAGAGUGUUGUAGUUUUAAGGCUAGUUUGAUUUCAGUUUUGACUAAGGAUGACAUUAAUUGUUAGCUGUUUUGAAAUUUUAUAUAUAUAUAUAUAUAUAUAAAUCUAUAAAUCUAUGCCAGUUCUGGCUGAAAUGUUUUAUUUACGAUAGUUUUCUAUCUGUGUGGUGCUCUGUACUGGCAUGGGAUACGGAACAGGAAAGACUCUGUAAAAACAGUUUGUGAUAUUCAUAGUUUUGUAAAGUUACCUUAAAAAAGCAAAACGGGGCAGACCUGUUCCAGGCUGCAACACUGUGCACAGAACGAACAGUCUCAUUUUGGAGAAUUCUCUCAAUUUGUAAGUUAUUAUUAUUUUUUUUUAAAUAAAGAUUUGUUUUUCCUAAAAA